UAUAAUUUUGACUGUGAUCUCUGUCGAUUAAUUGAUACACAAAUUGAUUAUUUUCCAAUUCAAUUUUCUAGUUUCUUUUUCUUUCUGUUGCUUCGGUGCCUUUUAUCCCUUCUUCCUAUUUCCUAUUCUUUAUCCUCAGUGUUGUCAGGUAACGUAACAUGCCACCUUUGACACUAUCGACCACAACGUCAUAAUUUCGAUGCAUUAGUGACUUUAUAAUCGUCGUAAUAUUGACGUUUCAUCAGACUAGUGCCUUUUUUGGCCUCAGUGGACAUGACAAGGUAUAUAAAUUUAGGGAGGGUAAAAGACCAUUUCAUUUUUAACGUUUGAGGAAUCGUAAAUAGGAGCUGAAUCAUCAUAUAACUUCCCUUCCAGGAUUGUAGUGAAUAUGUGAAGUCAUGUAUAUCGUAAGUUUCUCUAGUGCCAUAUAUAAUUACUAUGAUUUGAAAACUUAAGAGAACAUCUUACGAGACGUUAUGAGUAACUGUUGAUCAUAUUGUGAUUAUACUAGAUUAUAAUUAUAAUUAUUGAUCUGAAUUGUAAAAAGAUGCCUUAGACCUUUAGUCAGGGAGUGGCUAUUGAAGGAAAUUAUAGCUAAUUUUGUGGCUGUGCCGAACUCGACAAGUUAGACCCGAAUGUGUGACAGAAAAUGGCUUGUAAUAGUUGACUUAAUUACUGAACAAUCCUCGAAGGAACUCCAAGAGUGAAACUUGAGCAGUGGAUCUGACUGCUUGAUAAUCUUCCAAGUGAAACCAUGUAGCUAUAUAAGUGUGAUCACGUGACAUGGAUAUCUGCUCCCACUGUGUCGUGUACUAAGAUGACAUGAGUUGAGGUGUGUGAUGGAUUAAGGUGGUGGAGUAAUGACGCAAGGAGGAGAAGAUAGCCAAACUAGAUAUCUUUCUCGACUUGGGUACGAAGUUGGAGAAGAUAGCGGCGUCAUGUGAGCUCAGGUCGAAUGGUGAGACUGUCUGAGCAAUCACCAUUACUUCUACACGACUUCCACACCUCACAUCACUUAGAGAGACCCCCCCCCCCCACACACACACACACAUCCUAGUAGAUUCCCCCCUCACAUCUCUUCCAGGAAAGGCCUGUUUAGCAACAGUCCAACACAGUCGUAUCUGAGAAAGACCUGUUUAGCAACAGUCCAACACAGUCGUAUCUGAGAAAGACCUGUUCAGCAACAUUCCAACACAGCCGUAUCUGAGAAAGACCUGUUUAGCAACAGUCCAACACAGCCGUAUCUGAGAAAGACCUGUUCAGCAACAUUCCAACACAGCCGUAUCUGAGAAAGGCCUGUUUAGCAACAGUCCAACACAGUCGUAUCUGAGAAAGACCUGUUUAGCAACAGUCCAACACAGUCGUAUCUGAGAAAGACCUGUUUAGCAACAGUCCAACACAGUCGUAUCUGAGAAAGACCUGUUUAGCAACAGUCCAACAGAGCCGUAUCUGAGAAAGACCUGUUUAGCAACAGUCCAACACAGUCGUAUCUGAGAAAGACCUGUUUAGCAACAGUCCAACACAGUCGUAUCUGAGAAAGACCUGUUUAGCAACAGUCCAACACAGUCGUAUCUGAGAAAGACCAAGUCGAUGCCCACUACCCAUACUUCGCCUGGCUCCUCCUCCUAACUCCUACGCCUCCUCCCUCCCCCCACCUGGAACCCACAAUCAGCCACCAUGGUCACUUCAGCCAAACUUAAAGAGCUACCGGUGUCGAUCAGGAUGUCUUAUCUGGGCAUGAGUCAGCACAUUGACUUCGAUGUCCUCCCGGACCCCAACACGCGCUUCGAACUGCUUGAGAUCAUCGGCGAAGGCACUUAUGGCGAGGUCUUUGCCGCUAAGGACCAUGAAACGGGUAAGAAGGUGGCCAUCAAGAUCAUGGAGAACAUAGGAGAAAACCUGGAAGAGAUAGAGGAAGAGUAUCUCAUCUUAAGAGAUCUCAGCAUCCACCCAAAUCUCCCAGCCUUCUACGGCAUCUUCUUCAAGAAGGGGAGCAAGCAAGAGGAGGACCAGGCCUGGCUUGCUAUGGAGCUGUGUCCUCGGGGGUCCAUUACCGACCUGGUCCAAGCUCUCAUCAGACGAGGACAGAAACUGACGGAGGGACAACUGGCCUACAUCCUGAAGGAGACCAUUGAUGCCAUGGCGUACCUGCACGACAACAAGUGUAUGCAUCGAGACAUCAAGGGCCACAACAUCCUCCUGACGGAACAAGGCAACGUCAAGCUGGUUGACUUCGGCGUCAGUUCCCACCUGGCCUCCACCUGGGGCCGUCGGAACACCUCCGUCGGCACCCCCUACUGGAUGGCCCCAGAGGUGAUCGCGUGUGAGCAGCAGCUUGAUUACAGCUACGAUGUGAGGUGUGACGUCUGGUCUCUGGGCAUCACCGCUAUUGAACUGGCUGAUGGGGAGCCGCCUCUCUCUGAGGUCCACCCCAUGCGGGCCUUGUUCCAGAUCCCAAGAAAUCCUCCACCGACGCUGGACCGGCCCGCCGAGUGGUCGCUUCACAUCAAUGAUUUCAUCUCCGAGUGUCUUAUUAAAGACUUUGAGCAGCGUCCCGGGGCCAAGGAGCUCCUCCAGCACCCGUUCAUCAAGGGCGUCCCUAACAACCCUGAACAGAUUCGUCUGGAGCUGACGCUCCUUCAGGACGAUCUGAGAAAGAGGAACCAACUGGUGCAGAAGGAACCCGAGACGACGAUCAAGGGCGGGGCCCUGAAGGCUGACCGCAAGACGAAGAGGACGCCCUUGUGGAUGGAUGACCUGGCCUGCUUGGAGAAGCUGUCAGAGGAUGUUAUUGUCGACCAUCUGUAUCGACGCUACAACACGGACCAGAUCUACACCUACAUGGGUGACAUCCUCGUUGCGGUUAACCCCUUCAAGACUUUAGACGUGUAUGGAGAGAAGGAGUCGCGUCUUCACCGAGGGAUGGUGAAGAGUGAGAACCCGCCCCACAUCUUCGCCAUGGCUGACAAUGCCUACCACAACAUGCUCCACCAGAAGCAGCAGCAGUGUAUCGUCAUCUCUGGCGAGUCCGGCGCUGGCAAGACUGAGAGCGCUAACUUUCUCCUCAAGCAGCUCGUUACCCUGGGCAAGGCGCCCAACAGGAGCCUGGAGGACAAGAUCCUGCAGGUGAACCCAAUCAUGGAGGCCUUCGGGAACGCCAAGACCGGCAUCAACGAUAACUCUUCGCGCUUCGGGAAGUACUUGGAGGUGACGUACACCAGGCUGGGCAAGGUGACGGGCGCCAAGAUCUCCGUCUACCUCCUGGAGCAGUCCAGAGUCGUCCACCAGGCCGUAGGAGAGCAGAACUUCCAUAUCUUCUACUACCUUCACGACGGUCUGGAGGCCGAGGACAAGCUCCUCCAGUACUGCCUUGACAAGGGCCAGAGGGCCAAGCAUCGCUACCUCAGCGGGGCCAACUGGAGCAAGAGCAGGAGUGAGUCCAACGUUGUCCAGUUCAACAAAGUGGUCGAAGGCUUCAAGUCUCUAGGCUUCAGGGACGACGAACUCGAUUCUGUGUACAGGAUCCUCGCUUCUAUCAUCAACCUGGGAGAUGUUGACUUCUACCAGACCAUUGACAAGGACAACAUGGAACAGGCAGCUGUCAAGAACGUCGAGCAGAUCAAGAUUGUGUCGGAGUUGCUGGGGAUCGAACCUGCGGACCUGACGGAGGCGCUGACGUCCAACAGCGUGGUGACGAAGGGGGAGAUAAUCACCAGGAACAACACGGUGGAGGAGGCGGUCAGCACGAGGGACGCCAUGGCUAAGGCCAUGUACGGCAGGCUGUUCGACUGGGUCGUUAACAACAUCAAUCGGCUUCUCUCCUUCUGCAGGAUUGUUUACGGUGAGAAUCUGGCAGUAGGUCUACUGGAUAUCUUUGGCUUCGAGAAUUUCAUGAAGAACUCCUUUGAGCAGCUGUGCAUCAAUAUAGCCAAUGAGCAGAUCCAAUACUUCUUUAAUCAACACAUAUUUACGUGGGAACAGCAGGAAUAUAUGGCCGAGGGUAUUGAGGUGGACAUCGUAGAGUUUGCUGACAAUCGCCCCGUCUUGGACAUGUUUCUGGCUAAGCCAAUGGGUCUUUUGGCCUUGCUGGACGAGGAGAGCCGCUUCCCCAAUGCCAGUGACCAGUCCCUCGUAGAAAAGUUCCAUAACAACAUUAAGUCUCAUCACUACAUCAAGCCCAAGGCCCAAGGACUAGAGUUCACCAUCCGCCACUUCGCCGGGAAGGUCAAGUACGACACCCAUCAGUUCCUCGAGAAGAACAAGAACUUCCUGCCCACCGAAGUCAUCCAGAUUUUGAGACAGAGCUCCCACGAUAUCAUCAGGUUCCUGUUCCAGUGCCCCCUGACGAAGACAGGGAACCUGUACUACGCUACGCCUCGAAGCUCUCCCAGAGGUACGCUCUCGAAGCAGGGCAGAUCUCACGCAGGCAGUACUAAUAACCAAUACGACAGCCGUGGGCUGGCCUCUCAGACGAAGGCGCAGCAGACGGUAGCCACCUACUUCAGGUACUCACUCAUGGACCUCCUGCAGAAGAUGGUGAACGGGACGCCGCACUUCGUCAGGUGCAUAAAGCCCAAUGACGCCAAGGAGGCCAGCCACUUUGAUAAGACGAAGGUGCGACAGCAGCUGAAUUAUGCAGGUGUGAUGGAGACGGUUCGCAUCAGACAACAUGGCUUCCCACACAGGAUCCAAUUCCCAGAGUUCCUCCGAAGAUACUGUUUCUUGGCCUUCAAUUUCGACGAGCGAGUGACUGCUUCGAGGGAGAACUGUCGUCUUUUGUUGCUACGACUCAAGAUGGAUGGAUGGGCGCUUGGCAAGACGAAGGUGUUCCUCAAGUAUUACCAUGUAGAAUUUCUUACUAAGAUGUACGAGAAGCAGAUACGUCGGAUAAUCCAGGUGCAAGCGUGCGUCCGGCGAUGGUUGGCCAGGGUUCGAUACCAGAAGCAGAAGUGGGAGAUGGCUCGCUCCGUCCUCACUCUCCAGAGGUACACUCGCGGCUGGAUCACCCGAAAGCGGUACGAAGCGGAGAUGUCGAAGCGAGUGGUCGAGGACGAGAGGCCUCCUCCUCCGAAGGGCCCCGCUCCUCCGCCGCCAGACCAGAGGAAGCUCGUUCACACAGAUUCACGUCAGUGGAUGAAAGUCAAGAUGAUGGGAGCCCUCGGAGCGCAGUCAUCGCUGGAUCAAGAAGAUAAAAAGAAAUCUCCGGAGGAAGAGGCAGCAUUUCCGGACAAGGAUGCUGCUACUGAUGCUGAGGGCCGGAUACAGGAGGAUCGGGACUCUAAGAACACCGUAACGACCUUCGGAGAGGCCUUGAAGGAUGGGACUCUGACGGAGGAGGAGGCCGCUUGUGUUAUACAAGCUUACUUCAGGGGGUACCGGGUGCGCCAGGAGUGGGGACCCAUCUUGGAGGAGAGACUUAGCAAAUUGGUAGCCAAACACCUGGACAACCCUGAAGAAGCGUCGAAGGCCCUGCAGGCAGAGGGACUGUCCGCCGAAGAUGCUGCGUUGGUUAUUCAGAAAUUCUGGGGCAAGCAUAAGCAGAGAAAGGAGAGGAGAGAAGCAGCCAAGGAAUCUGCCAAGGAACCGAGCAAGGAAUCGAGCCAGGAACUGACUAAGGAACAUUCCCAAGAACCGGCCAAGGAGUCGAACAAGGAACUGGAACUUGGUCGGUAUACAAACAGCAAGAAAAUGACGAGCCUCAUCAUGUUUGCAGAGAGUGUACACAUGUCCAACCAAGAAGCUCACAAACUCCUGAGGAAACACAAGCCAGGGGUCCGGAUGGAGGAGAUUCAAGAGGCGCCUAAAGAUUACAAGAGGCCCAGAGGCUUCGACGAGGUCCCUCAGGUGAUUCACGAACACCGUAAGAGAGCAGCUCCCCAACCGCCCGGUAAUGGCCACCCGCGUCCACUCAUCAAGAUAACCUCCAUCGAUAACAAUGUCUCGGAGUACUACGAUUUUCUCCAGGAGGAGAUGAAUAGUACCAUGCCGGAAUACAGUCCUGACACACCCUGGGACGCUCCUUUGGCCUCCAAAGUACACCGUCACAGUACGCGCCAGAGGGCUUCGGGUGCCGACGGGGCCAAGGUCAACCUCCAACAGGAGAAGAUACAGAAGGUGAAGGAGGGACUCAAGACUCAGAACAUGGAGAACGAGGACGCCUCUGACAGGAAGCUGAGGCAGCUUCAGGGAGCUGUGAUGGUUAGCGCAGGAGUGGGUCAGUCUGACGGAAGAGAACUUCUCAGCCCCACCACCAACAUGAGAGCGGCCUCAGACCUCCGCCAGAUGCUCCGGUCCAAUGCUCCUCCCUCGAAGAGACACGCUCCACCUGCUCCUUCAAACAGCCCAAAUAACCCAGCAAAGGUGGUCGAGGUUCCUCCCCCACAGACCAGCGACGAGCCAGACGACAGCGGACCUUACAACUUCAGACAGUUCUUGCGCAAGACGACCUACGCUCCCACCGACACCAUUAGAAAGAGGCAGCUGAAGAGGGAUGGCUUCAAUGGCUGCGACGUUAAUAAUGGCUACAAGAUGUAAACACAGCCACGUGCGAUUUUCAUCAAUGAGGAUCGUAUAGAUGGCUUCAGAAACCACAGUGUGAGCUAUUGUUGGUACUUUCUUGAAGUAUGGAGCGUCGACUGGUUCUUACGACAAGAAACAAAAGCAUGAGACUUUGUUUUCAGUGAAAUUCACAUCUGUGAUCACUGUGACUAAUGUACACGGGGGUAAGAUCUUUCUAAAUACUUACCAGCACGUAAAUAUUGUAAGUAUUUAGGUAAGUAUACCUAAAUACUUACUUUCCCAUUCAAGAAGACAUUUAAGAGUAAGUCACGAAGGUGAUCUAGCAUCUUUAAUCACCACUGUAAGACACUGCAUUGGUGUUAUUGAAGGUUAUAUAUGAAAAUAUAUAUAUAUUAAUCAGACGUUUGAAAACCAAUAACGAAGGAGUGCUGAUUAGACUAGAUUUAUAUUUGAGAAAGCACAUAAGAAAUGAUUGUUAAAUUAAAGUAUCUUGAUAUACCAUAGAAUCUGUGAUUUACUUCCAUGAACACUUUAAAGUGGUGUACUAAUGGCCACACAGCAAGGGCGUAGUGAGUGUACGAGUUUAUUAAGACUCGAGCAUUAGCUUAUAGAUGAAGCUAGCAGCUAACGAUAUAUAUAUAU